AUGUAAUAUGGAUUUAUUUAUAUAAAUAACAUAAUGAAAUAGAUGGAAUUCCUAGUUUUCUCAGUAUUUAUUAUAAAAAUUCAUUGUGGUAUUAGUAAUCAUCCAAUGUUUAGGUUGGGAACUUUACAAAUCGGAAUUGAUAGAUAGUACAACAUUUCACUUGUGGAAGAACUCAAAUAACAUAGGUUAAUCAAAUUUGUUAUUAGUUUGCGAGUUAUAACCAUAAUUAAAUUCAAAGCUACUUUAGGGUGAUGUUUUCUUAACUCGUAGUAUCGAUAUGAAUACAAAUAGAGGAUUUAGUAAAAUAAGAAUAAGUUUUGAUAUUUACUAUUUGGGUAUAUGGAAUCCAACAGAGGUCAUAACUGUAUAUGCUAAUAGUUUGUUGGUACAUUACGAAACCCCAAAUACAAGUUAACAAGAAGAUUUUUCAAUGAGAUUUUGUAAGUAAAGACCAUUUGGAAAAUCUAACCCUGAGAAAAUAUCAAGAAUAGAUCAAACGAUAUCAUUUAAUGAUCCUCAUUUAAAUAUUGAAAUAGUUCAUGAAUAAGUGACUAGUGGUUCAAUCAGUGAUUAUGGAAUAACAAACUUUGUGUUAUAAGUAUUCUAUUGUGAUGAUCUUUGUGAAGAAUGUAAUGAAUAUUAAUGUUUAACUUGUAAAUUAGGAUAUGAAUUGAUAAAAUCAUAAUGUAGAUGUGGUAUACUUAAUUAUUCAUUAUUCAAUCCUAAUUUAUAAUGUGUUGAUGAAUGUCCAACAAAUUAUGUACCAGAUGAGAAUAAUGUAUGUUAAAUGGCAAUAAUAAAUAAUGUCUAUAGAGAUUUAGAGCAGAUUAAUUUUAAUAAUUACAAAUUCUAAUACAUUCCCGAUAAAUAUUAUAGCACUAUUUAAUUAAUGACACAAAUAAUUGGAAGUAAAAGUAUAGCAGGUAUGUUUGGUAAUACAGAUAAGAUUGUAUUUAGUGAUAUUUUAUUACCUGCAGAUGAAUAAUAUGAAAUGAAAUUUACAUUAUAUGUGACUGGCAGUAUGUCUAGUUUUAUGGUAGAGGAAAUAUUAAUUAAAUUUAAUUCAUUUGUAGUAGCCAAAUUAGUUGAUCUUCAAACUAUUUAUCUAAAUUCAUACUUUCAUUAAGAUAGUAGAGUCUUACAUUAAUAAAUUUGCACUAUUCCAGAAUAUUAAAAAUGUAAAUCCUAUCAAAUUUAUAUGUAAUUCUAUUUAACAGAGACUGUGAAUCAAAUUGAAUUCAGUUCUAAAUUUAUGAUAAAUAAGAUUUAGCGUAAAUGGGGUAUUAGAGAUUUAGAAGUGAAUCAAUAUUAAAUAUCUAAUAAUUAAUGGAAUUGUUUAAAUAAUUGUUAAACUUGUUAAUUUGAUAAAUUAGAUAUUUGUUUAUCUUGUGGAAGUAAUAAGAAUUUAUUUAAAGGAAUAUGUAUUGAUUAAUGUCCAGAUUACACAACAGCAAUUAGUAAUAUUUGUGUAGAUUCUUAAAUGGUAGAUGCAAAUUAAGUAUAUUUAGUCAAUUUAUUUCAUGAUUUAAAUCAUUAUCAUUUUGAAUCUUAUUCUGAUAAAUAUAAUUUAAAAUCAUAUUCAUUCUUUAUGAAUAAAAUAAUUUUAGGAGGACUUAAUUUUUGGAGUAAUGAAUAAGUAAUACAUAGAUUAAGAUACAAAAAACCAUUUUAUAAAAUACAAUUAGAAUUCAUGUUAGUAUUUAUAGAUUCUAAAAAUAAUCAAAUUUAAUUUAGAACAAGUGUUAAUUCUGAAAGCCCAACAUACUCAAUGUUUGGUAGUGGAAUAUCAGUAGGUAAUUAAGUUGGUUAAUCUGAGAUUGAAGUAAUCUAAAAUGUAAUUUAUAUAAAAUAAUUUGAAUCUACUGAUGAAUUAUCUGUUUAACUACAUUGUAUUAGAAAUAUUGAUAACCAAGCAUAUUGUGGAAUAUAUGAUUAUAGAAUAAUAAUUUGGACUUGUCAAGAAUAUUGUUAAUAAUGUGAUAAUAAUGGAAAUUGCAUAAUUCCCAUUGAUAUCAUAAGUACUGAUAUAAAUGGAUGUAAAUCUGGAUAUUACUUAAAUGAAAAUGGAGAUUGUACUACAUGUGAUAUUGGAUGUACUACAUGUAAUGGACAUUCUGAUUGUUUAACAUGUUAAGAUGGUUAUGAAUUAAGAAAUAAAAUAUGUUAUUGUUCUACUCUUAAAGAUGUAAUUGAAUAUUGUUCAUAAAGUAAAUGUUUUCAUAAUUGUUAAACAUGUUUAAAUAAUAGAGAAAAUGAUAGAGUUCUACGUCCAAAACAUCCUAAUAAUUGUUUAUCUUGUGAUGAAUCUAAAAAUCUAUGGUUAAAUGUUAAUUAAUGUAUUUGUUUAGAUGGAUAUUAUAUGGAGAAUUUUAGUUGUUAUAUUUGUUAUCCAACUUGUAAAAAAUGUUAAGGAAGAGCUCGUGAUUGCUAAGCUUGUGUUCCUGGAUAAUAUAGGAUAUUAAAUUCAUCUAAUACAUGUGAAUGUCAAGUUGGGUAUUUCUAAGGAGACAAUGAUUUAAUUUGUUCUAAAUGUUCAGAUCUAUGUGAAAAAUGCAAUUUUACUAAAGAUUAAUGCAUUUCAUGUUAUCCUUCACAUUACAGAAUAUCUACAAAUGAUACAUGUAUUUGUAUGGAUGGAUAUUAUGAUAUUGGUUAAUUGAUUUGUCAAAGUAUUAAUAAUUCUUUAACCAAUUAGAAUGCCAUUCUACAUGUAAAACUUGUUAAGAUGCUUCAACUUGUAAGUCAUGUUAUGAUAAUCAAUUUAGAAUUAUGAGUAUCAAUAAUAAAUCUUGUACAUGCUAAACUGGAUACUUUGAACAGUCAUCAGAUAUUUGUGGAUGUAUUUCUUUACUUAUAUAUAAAUUUUAGAAUGUCAUCUAUCUUGUCUUGAAUGUUCUUAGAAUAAUAGUACUUCAUGUACUAGAUGUCCUACUACUAGAGAACCUUCUAUUAAUGAUAAUGCUCAUGAAUUUUCUUGUAAAUGUAGAAGAGGAUAUUAUGAAUCAGGUAAUUAGUUAUGCCUAAGUUGCAAUGAUUAUAUAAAUCCUCCUAUAAAUCAUUAUUGUUAUUCAAAAUGUGGUGACGGUAUAAUUUAAUGGAAUGAAGAUUGUGAUGAUGGAAAUAAUAAUUAUAGAGAUAAUUGUUAUAAAUGUUUAAAUGGUAAUUCUUUUUGUUUAGAUUACACAUGUACAGGUUGCGAUGCUGGUUAAUGUAUUGGAUGCAUUGAUGGAUUCUAUUUAACUUAAGAAUCUAUUUGUGAACCUUGUGAUUCAAGUUGCAAAACAUGUAUAAAUAAAUCUGACAAUUGUACUGAUUGUAUGAUAUACUAAAAUGAUGGAUCUGGUUGCAUAAUGUGUAACUAAGACUAAGGAUUUCAAAUAUUAGAUAAUCAAUGUAUUAAUAUUUGUGGAGAUGGAAUCAAAGUAUCAAAUGAAUAAUGUGAUGAUGGUAAUCUAAAACCAAAUGAUGGUUGUAAUCAACUAUGUGAAAUCGAAGAAGGCUAUUAAUGUUAAACUUUAUGUGAAAAGAUUAUUUACCCUACUAUUUUAUUUGAAUUAAAUACUUAAGAUCUAAAAUAUAACUCAUAAAGAAUUGUCAAAAUUAAAACAGAUUAAAAAGUUUCAAUCUCAGGAAGUAUCAAUUCGAUUUUCAAAUUUAAAAUCAAUAAUUUGAAUUCUUACGAAAUCUCCUUUGUUGAUUUAACAUCAUAUUCUGAAGAAUAUAAUUAUCUCUUUUUAGAAUUAACCAUUCAAUUAUAAACAGUUGUUUCUGAUCCAUAAUUAAUUUGCCAAAUAAUAAAUCAAGAAGCCAUUUAUAAUCAACAAGGUAAUACCUUUAAAGAGAAAAACUAUAUUACUUCAUUAUUAGAAUACGAAGCUACCUCUGAAAUAGCAGAAAGUGCUACUAAUGGUUUAAUGAAGUUGAGUAAAUACAUUUUAUAUCUUUUGUUUGGAUUUGCAAUUUUGGCAUUUUUGUUUGGAGGAUUAAACAUAUUUUGGAAUCUAUUAGAUAUUCUGUAAUUAAUAUCCUACUUAUAAUUUUUGAAUGUUAACUAUCCAUAUAAUGUCAAUAAUUACUUUACUAUAUUUGGAUUUGCUUAAUUCGAUUUUAUUAAACAAUAUAUCGAUUUAGAAUAAUUUAUAAGUUAAUAUGUCAAUACACCAGAUGCAGAUCCAAAAUUUCGCAAUGAAGGAUACUCUACAGUUUUCUUUGUUAAUAUUAUAACUGUUUUAACUGUUUUCAUAACAACACUACUUACUUAUAUCGGAUGUAGAAUGUUGUUCUAAACUUUGACCAAGAUCUCACAUUCUUUGAUCUAUGCUCCAAUAGAUUCAUAAGAACAAAGUGUAUGCACAUUCUUCAUUUAUAGAAUCACAAGGAAUUUUCAACAAUCACUUCUUAAAAUCAAUUAAGAAUUCAUAUCAGGUGUGAUUCGUACAUUCAUGACAGUGGCAUUUGAUUAUAAUCUUGCUUUAUUUUUGUAAUUAAAAGAUGUUUAUUUGAAAGAUCCAAUAUUAUUUUGUAGUUUUUUAUUUUGCAUAAUUGCUUUACUAUUAGAAGUAGUAUUUAUUUAUUCAGCAAUAAUAUUUAUGUCUAAACCUCCUUAUGUAUUCAAAUAGAAAGUGAUAUAAAAUAAUUUUGGAGCAAUUUAUGAAGGAAUUAAAUUGUAAAAGAAUCCAUUCACUUAUUAUUUCAACAUAAUUUUGUUAAUUAAGAAAAUGUUAUUUAUGAUGUUUUUAGUAAUGUUCUAUUCAAUUCCUUGUAUUUAAAUAGGAUUAGUGUCUCUUUUAAAUAUGAUGAUGGCUGUAUAUUUAAUUAAAGUGAGACCACUUGAAGAUAAAGAUGAAUUAAUAAAAUAAGUAGGUUCAGAAUUAAUUAUAUGGAUAGCAGAAAUGUUUAUAUUGGGUCUUGCUAUGAAUGAAUAAACAAAUCAAUUGGAAGAUAAUGGUAAAUUAAAUUUAGGAUGGUUUGUUAUAGCAUCUACAUCAUUUUUGAUAUUAUUUUAAAUGUUCAUAGAUGUAAAAUAGCAUAUCAACUUCUUAAUUAAUGAAUAUGCUAUAAUAAAAAAAUUAAUUGAUAGAAUUUAAUUAUUAAUUAGUAGAAAAGAACCAGAAGAGGAAUAAAAUAUAUUUCUAAAAAGAAGAAGAAGAUUUGGAAUAGAGAACAAUACCUCUUAAAAUAACCUUGUUAGUACUAAGAAUAAUAAAUCUACUUAUCAUUUUAAAUAAGGAAGAGUUGUAACAUUUACUGUCAGCUCAAGUAGUAGCUGAAAGUCCAUCCUCUC